AAUAAAAUUAUAAGCAUGUUUGCUUAUAUAAAAUUAAUAGACGAUGAUAAAUAUGACACGAUCCUAUUGUCAUUGGUACAUAAUCAUGAGCAGUUAAAGCCACCGUAAAAUAAAAGUAAACAACAUUGGAUUAUGUAUGAGAAUAACUCACCUAAGAAAGGCUUACUGAUAUACGUUGAGGGGGCUCGGAAAUAAAAGAUGACUGACUUAUUGAAUACUAUUGAAAAAUUAAAACAACCUCAAAAUGAUGCAUUGAUUCGUGAUGUAUAUGACGGUCGAUUGUAUAAAGUUGUACAAGAAAUGUCACCGGGUGAAUUGACUUAUAAUGUCAAUACAGAUGGGGCACCACUGACAAAGAGCUCCAAACGAAGUAUGUAGCCAAUACAACUAUAUAUAAAUGAAUUAUCACCAGCAUUGCGAUUUCGUAAUGUGAUUCUUGGUGGUCUAUACAUAACAUCAGCAGAACCAUCUCCACAAUUAAUGCAAACUUAUGUGUCUGAAUUUAUAAAAAAUGCUAAUAAGAUUAUGAAAAAAGGUAUAAACAUUAAUGAUAACAUCGGCAAUAGAAGAAAUUUGAAAUUUUUCUGUCUUUUGUUAUGUGUGGACUCCGUUGCAAGACCUGUUAUUCAGAAUCGUUUACAUUUCAACGGAUAUUCGGGCUGUAGCUGGUGUUAUGCUAAUGGACUUUAUGAUAGUUCAGCGGUUAGGUAUCCAAUCACAGAACAACAUCCUAUACUACGGACAAAACAAAGUCACAAUAAAGAUGUCGAAGAUGUUAAAAAGUUGGGAAAGCCGAUAAACGGUGUUAAAGGUAAUUGUGCAAUGCAACAAUUAGAACAAUUCGAUUGUGUUUGGGGUUUUCCUAUUGACUAUAUGUACGACGUUCUGUUGGGUGUAUCACGACAAUUGUGGGCAGUGUGGACUAAGCCAGGAACAGAAUAUUAUUUGAAGCCGCAGCAACGAAAAGAAAUUGCUGCUCGUCAGCUAAAGAUUGAGAGACCUCAAGAAAUUCAUAGACUGGUUCGAACGGAUGAUCAUGUAGCCAAAUAGAAAGCCUCAGAAUGGGAAUCGUAGCUAUUAUUCGAUAGCAUUCCGUGCCUAGCCGGUAUUCUCGACGAAAAAUGUUUUCAAUCUUAUAUUUUGUUAGUUUCAAGCAUCUAUACGUUGAUGACUGACAACAUAACUGAAAGAGAUCUCAAAAUCUGUGAAAUAGACAUACUCCAAUUUGUACGAGAUUGUCAAAUUCUUUACGGUGUUAGUUCGAUCACGUUUAAUUUACACUCAUUACUGCACAUUGUAGAAUCUGUCCGGCAAAGUGGGCCAUUGUGGGCAAGUUCAGCUUUUCCAUUUGAAAGUAUGAUUUUUUUCAUCAAGCGUUGCAUUACAGGAGUCAGUGGUGUAUCAAACCAAAUAAUUAAUUCAGUGCUUAAAGAGAAAAAUAUUCGAUGCAAUAUCGAUCACAAUACUGAAUCCAUUAAAUGUCGUAAUUAUUGUAAAGAUUUGUUUAAGCCACAGUGACUGAAGAAUUGUACACGAAGUAAUGAUAAUGUCAUUCUUAUCGGCAGUACUAAAUCACCAAGUGAUCAACUACUUCAAUUGAUAAGCCAACACUUUAACACUACUUUUUCUGUAGAAGUUUUUGACAAAUGUAUUUUUAAUGAGAUGGUACUUCGCAGUAUAGCUUAUAUUCGUCCCAAAAAAACGAAUGACACAGUUGUCCAGCUUCGUACAAAAGAAUUCUUACAAAUUCAUGGUUUCUUUACUGUGAACAAUAUCUGUUGUCUUUACGGUAACCAAAUAUCAACUGUUCCAAUCAUUUUUCUGCCAAAUGUUCAAUUAAGUCUUAUCCUAAAAGUAACGAACAUGGAUAAAGACAGUAUAAUCAUCGAUAUUCAAUCCAUAGAAAAAAAAGUUAUUUUUUUUUUUUUCAACCAGAAUCGAUUAUUACAUCUGUUUAUUCCCUAAAAGUUUAGGGCGAUAGAUUAAUUACUUUAUCUGUGCUUGCUACACAUAUCUUAUUAUAACAAUACGUAAAUUGUAGGAAAUCCUGUUUUUAUUCAUUGCAUAAAAUUAGAAAUAUUUUUUUAAUCAAUUAUAAGCAAUGCAUAAUAAUAGUGGUAAGAAAAUUUUCAAAUGAUUGUAUUUGUCGACUCAACCAACAUUCGUGUAUUUGAUUUACUUUAAUUAUAGCUUCUUAAUAAUUAAUGCUUUUACAGAUUAUUGAUAAUAAGACUGGAAAUCAUGACAGUGAUAGCAAGGAAAAUUUAAAACCGAUUACGAAUGCAGAUAAUCAGAAUGAUGAUGAUCCUUCAAAAAUCAUCACUCUUCCGAAAAUAAAACCGACAAUGAAGUUUAAUUCAUCUUUAGCAAAAACUGAAACAGUAAAAAGAAAGAAAUUAAAAAAAAGCAGG